GCAGUUUAGUGACAUCAUAUCCCUAUAAUGUGCGCCAUUGCAUUUCCGGUCGCUGGAACGACGGAAGAGCAGCAGUUUGGGAACAGCGGACGCGCCUCUUUGGAGACUUACUGCCUGCUGUAACCAAAACUGUGACUAAAGUCAUUAAAGCAGAACACCCAUGGCAGCCAACAAGAGCAAGGGUCAGAGCUCUCUGGUUCUGCACAAGGUGAUCAUGGUGGGAAGCGGAGGUGUGGGCAAAUCGGCACUCACGCUGCAGUUCAUGUAUGAUGAGUUUGUUGAAGACUAUGAGCCCACUAAAGCAGACAGCUACAGAAAGAAGGUAGUGCUGGAUGGAGAGGAGGUUCAGAUUGACAUACUGGACACAGCAGGACAGGAGGACUAUGCAGCCAUAAGGGAUAAUUACUUCCGUAGCGGAGAAGGCUUCCUGCUAGUGUUCUCCAUCACAGAGCAGGAGUCAUUCAGUGCCACCUCGGAGUUCAGGGAGCAGAUCCUACGUGUAAAAGCAGAGGAGGAUAAGAUUCCUCUGUUGUUAGUUGGAAAUAAAUCUGAUUUGGCAGACAAGAGGCACGUUUCUGUGACUGGGGCCCGGGAAAAAGCAGAUGAAUGGGGAGUGCAGUAUGUGGAAACCUCAGCGAAAACGCGUGCCAACGUUGAUAAGGUAUUUUUUGAUUUAAUGAGAGAGGUGCGUGCUAAAAAGAUGGCAGAGAACAAGGACAAAAAUGGAAAGAAAAGCGGCAAGAAGAAAAAAAGCCUGAAAGAGCGCUGCACAUUGCUCUGAGUCAGAAGAAGGGUUUACAGCAAACCUUUCUCAACACAAAACCUUUCUGGUGGACACAGAAAAUGUUGUGGUCAACGUUGCCAAAACCAGACAAAAAAAAAAAAAACUGUGAACGGAUGCCGUUGUUCUCUCUCGCUGUAUCCAUCGAGGUUUAUGCAACUGUCAUCCAUUAUGUUUUUCUUAUUAGAAUUCUUUUCUUCUGCUAUCAAACAAAUAAUCCCCAACAUAAAGAACAUCCAUGUGGUUAUUUUGCCAUAUUAUAUACUUGCUCUCUCAGGCGUCUUAAAUUUGGCAAACUGUCACUGGUUUAUGACAGUGUCUCCUGCUAAUAUAUGAUUCACACAUACAUCAAAUGUAUACAAUAAUGUUUGUAGAAUACGCAAAUGUUUAUAAUUGGUGUUAAUAUUUACCACUACUGCAUUUCAUAUUAUUGGCUUGAUAGUUUACACACCACCGGCACUAUUUAAAAAAAUGAACUAUGAAAUGAACUCGUUUUAAAUCGAACCACACACAGAUUAGGAACAAUGUAUAUUAUGUUAGAUAAAUCUAAUCAAUAUGUUUUUAGGCAAGUCUUUGCUGGUUAAUGUAGCACCUUUAAGGAAAACGAACUGAUUCUGAUUUCUUAAGAUCCUACAGCACAGAGAUUAUUAUAAAAAUGUAGAAAGGACUGUUUAAUAUUUUGAACAUUCUGUAAUGAUAAGCUGUUGAGAAUGCAGUGCUGUGGGGUGUUAAGCAAGAUGAUCUGUUUAUCUAAAUAAUGAGUCAAAUAUAAAGAACAAUACUAAUGGGUAUAUACACAAAGUUGGUGUAUUAUACAGCCAUCUGCAGAAUGCCAUUUGUUGUAAUAUUGUAAUUUGUUGUGACAAUGUUUUAAAACACUUCACUAUGCAAAGGCUAUCACACAUAUUGCAUUUAUUUGAACUUCACAAGCUUUAAUGAGAACCAUAUUUUUGUAAUUAAGCCACUUUUUGUAUGAAAUUACUUUUUACUGAUUCACUGUAUGUUAAUAACAGACCAAAUAAACUCUAUUUGUGUAGUA